CCCUUCUUUCCCUUCCCCUGCUCCCCCCCGGGAAGCGGCUGGCUGCGGCGGGCUGCCUCUCGCUCCCCUCCCCCUUCCCUUUUAAUUUUUAUUUUUAUUUUAUUUUAAUUCCUCCCUCCCCACCCCCACCCCCCCACCCCCAGCCCCGCGCGGCGGCGGCGGCGGCCCGCCUUCCCACACAACCCCCCACCCCCGAUCCCCUCGUCGCCGCGGCCCCCGCACCGGCCCCGCCAUGGCGACAUGAGCCCGCCGGCCGACGCCGCCGCCGCCGCCGCCCCGGACAUGGGGCCCGCACGGUGCUGAAGCGCCGCGGAGGAGCCCCGCCGCCGUCGCCCCGCCAUGGGGUGCUGAUGGCCGGGCCCCGCCGGGCACCCCGCCGCCGCGCAGGGGAGGUAGCUGUAUCCAGCUGGGUGGCAGGUGGAUCCAAGGGUUACCAUGAAGUUUUCAGGACCCCUGGAGAGCCAGAGGUUGUCUCUCCUCCUGGAGACGGCAAUCUCUAGGGAAGCUCAAAUGUGGAAAGCACAUGUGCCGAAAAUUCAGCCUAAUCAGGAUGUAGCCAUUUCUCCAAAGCAGAGGGAUGAGGUCAUUCAGUGGCUGGCCAAGCUCAAAUACCAGUUCCACCUUUAUCCAGAAACGCUUGCCCUGGCCAUCAGCCUUUUGGACAGGUUUUUAGCUGCAGUAAAGGCCCGUCCGAAGUACUUGAACUGUAUUGCAAUCAGCUGCUUCUUCCUCGCUGCAAAGACCAUCGAGGAAGAUGAGAGGAUUCCGGUACUGAAGGUGUUGGCUAGGGAUAGCUUUUGUGGUUGUUCUCCAGCUGAAAUUCGCAGAAUGGAGAAGAUUAUCCUGGAUAAACUGAACUGGGAUCUUCACAUGGCAACGCCACUGGAUUUCCUUCAUAUCUUCCACGCGGUUGCGGUGUCCAACAGGCCUCAGCUACUGACCAUCCUGCCCAAGCUGAGCCCCUCUCAGCACGUGGCGGCGCUCACCAAGCAGCUGCUGCACUGCAUGGCCUGUUACCAGCUGCUGCAGUUCAAGGGCUCCAUGCUGGCGCUGGCCAUCGUCAGCCUGGAGCUGGAGAAGCUGCUCCCCGACUGGCUGGCUCUCAUCAUCGAGCUGCUCCAGAAGGCACAGAUGGAUAGCUCGCAGCUGAUCCACUGCCGGGAGCUCGUGGCACAUCACCUUUCCACUCUGCAGUCUUCUCUGCUGCCCAAUUCUGUAUAUGUCUACAGUCCCCUCCAGCAUACCCUGGUGACCUGUAACAGAGGAGCGUUCAAAUGCCAGCCCUCCUCUGUCCCAGGGCCAGGUUUCUCCAAGGACAACGGCAGGCCAGAAGUGCCAGUCACAGGUACAGCCGCGCUCUACCAGCGUCUGCCAGCUCCCAGCGGUUGCAAGCAAGCCUCUGCCAAGCGUAAAGUGGAAGAGAUGGAAGUGGACGACUUCUACGACGGUAUCAAGCGUCUCUACAAUGAAGACAUUGCUCCAGAGGUAGUGGCUCUUGAAAACAUGGGCUCUGUUUGUGGCGCUGAUGUCUCGAGGCAGGAAGGCAACGUUUCCCCUUGUCCACCUUUACAGCCAGUGUCUGUUAUGUAGCUGUGAGUGCACACCACCAGCUCCACCGUAGCUACUCUAGAAACCAUGCAGAACCUGGCAUCCUGUGUUCUCAGUGGGGGGAGAAGGGGCCAUACCUUGUCAGGCUGAACUGAAGGGAGCCAAAAAACAGAAAAAAAAAAAAAAUCCCAACCCUUUUUUGAAUUUUUUUCUUGUGCGGCUAAUUAUAGUUCCACUAUUUAAGCACUUAAAAACACAAAAAAGUAUAAAAAUCUAAAAAAAGACCCAAAAACCAAACAAAAAAAGUAGCAAAAAAUUGUUUCUUUCUAGUGUUGUCAGUUCCACUGUUUUUCUGCUCCUGUGUAUUGUAACCCAUUCUCCGUGUCCAAGAGCUCACAUCAGUCGUGCAGAGUUGUUCCAGGUUUCCCAGCCAACUAACACCUCUCUGAUCCGAUUUCCAUCUGCUCCUUGCUCUCUUUCUGCUUGCUCCUCUUUUAAUUCUCAGCAAGUCUUGUGCAUGAUGUUCUGUACUACCUGACCUUCACGACAGCUUUCUUUUUCCUUUCUAAAGAAAAAGACCUUUUUUGUUUCGUUAGCACUUUGGUGUUUAAAUGUGAUAAUAUUUAAAAACUGGAUCUAAAUAAAAUGUUAGUCAGGAAAAAAACCAAAAACAAUGCUUGCAAGCUGCUCCACACUUAAGUAAUAACCACAGGAGUGUGAACGUACUCUAGAAGAACACUAGGGCAGCUGGCCACCGUGCUCUGUACCUUACAGAGACGACUCCAAGUUAAAACAGUUUGUGUUUUCCAACACAGAAAGCAGUUAAAGGAUUUUGUAUCACUUGAACAAAAACGGUAUUUUUUUUUUCUCAUUUGCACCAAGAAAUGUUGCACUCAGUGUGGAUUUUCGCCAAAGCUUGACUCUCUACGUCAAGUGUAAACCUUAAAUUCUGCAGUCUGUUUUUUUCCCAUGUGUUUAUAUAAGCUUAGCAUGUGACCAGCACUGCUCAGUGAGGUGCUGGGGCGGCUACGUACGCCUGAGGCUUGAAAGGUGUGUAAUUAUCAGCCACAAAACCAAACCAAAAGACCCUAACCCUAAAGUUUUGUGUUCAUGUAACCUCUAACCAAGAGUAAAACCUUUAAAAACCUGUCUCUUAAAUGUUACACCUCUGUUUCUCAGAAUGACCUGUCCCAAUUAUAAGCUCUCUCCACAGCCCUGAGGAAGGUAUUGUAUCUGGAGCCAUUGUACUGAUGAAAGCCUUCUGGUAGCAAUAAAGAAAGUUGUCCUGGA